CUAUUAUAUGAGAAGCGUUCUCUUUUCAUGGAAUGAGUAUUUUCAGCUGUUGAAGUUGAACCAUACAGAUAUCUGCUGCUAGAAUAUUGACAUGGAGAACAACCCUAGUUCAUCCAGAGUGGAAAGAAAAAUCAUUGAGAGGAAUAGAAGAAAUCAAAUGAAAGCUCUCUUCCGCGAACUCAACUCACUUGUGCCUCAUCAAAGUUCAAAGGAGGCCAUUUCACUGCCGGAUCAGCUAGAAGAAGCCACAAACUACAUAAAGAAAUUACAGAUUAAUCUGGAGAAAAUGAAGGACAAGAAGAACAUGCUACUAGGAAUUGAAAGGCCAAAUGUGAGAAUGAAUAAUGGUGGAAGGACCGUGCGGUUAAAUUCUCCACGGAUUGAGAUCCAACAAAUGGGUUCAGCCUUAGAGGUUGUUCUAAUAACUGGGUUCGAUUGUCAGUUUAUGUUCAGUGAAACCAUUCGUGUUCUUCAUGAAGAAGGAGUAGAUGUUGUUAACGCCAGUUAUAAAGUUAUUGAAGGUGCAGUUUUCCAUUCAAUACACUGUCAGGACAGGGAAUCUGCCAACGGAGCUGCGAGGAUAUCUGAGAGGCUAAAGAACUUCAUCUAUGAUUCUAGCUAUAGUGCUUUCUAAAUGGGAGUUGUUAUUAUUAUUAUAUACUCAAUUUUCUUUCUAAUUUUUUUUCUUAUAUUAUUUCUUUUAUCUAUCAUCAUUUUCUUCUUCUUUUUCUCUUACUUCCAUCUAUUCAGUAUGGAAUGUAGCCUCGACUUUUUCGGAGUGUACGAUGGGUAUGCCAGCUGUAACCGUUUUGGUGGAAAUCUAAAUAUAGAUAGUUUUGGUGCAAA